AUCAGGAAAUUUGCAGCUUGCUGAAGAACUACUAACCCAAAUGCUUCAAAGGGGUUUGAAUCCUGACGCUUUCACCUUUUCUAUACUAAUAAGUAGGUUUUCAAACCUAGGACAGAUUGAGGUGGCUAAGAAAUUGUUUGACAAAAUGGUUGCAUCUGGCCUCACACCCAGCAUCCAUGUAUAUGAUUCUUUACUCAAGGGAUUUAGUCUUAAAGGCGAACCAGAUGAAAUUAUUCAUAUGCUUCACCAAAUGGCUGCUAAAGGAAUUGUUUUAGACUCUAAAAUCACUUCAACUAUUUUAAGAUGUAUUUGUGACAUGUCUGAAGAUCUCGAUUUGGCAGAGCUUCUUCCAAAGUUUGCUGAGCAACAAUCAAAAGAAAUAUGUGUUCCAUGUGAUGCGUUACUGAUAAAGAUCCAAAAGAGUCUUCACAAGCGUCAGACAUGUUCAGCUUGAUUCUCAGACUUCAGUCACUUGUUCGCCAUAUGCUCUGCCGCAACAUUGGUGGCGAUGUUGAAAGCUAACCCUUGUGCUCAGGAAUCUGGUUCUAUUUGUCUGCUGUUUGAUUCAGUAGUCUUGAUGCUGCAGUUUUGUGGGUACAGCCUACUAUUCUUUGCUCAUAUGUUUGGACAUUUUCAAUGUGGAUCAUUGGGUUAAUUUGGAUUAACAAAGAUGGCCUAGAUCAGAUCUUCAUUAAUUCUUCACCAUCUACAAGCAUAUAAACUGCAUCAACACACAACCAGGGGAACCUUAGACUUAUCCAAAGUCUGAGCUAUGUCAGCUUGUCCCAAUGCAAGCAUAAAACUGUGACAAGCCGAACAAGGCCUGACAUAAACUGAGUGAGAUACAACAACAACAACAUUACCCUAGUGCCGCAAAGGCUCCAGCCAACUGUGGGGUAGGGGGUCAGAUGUAUGCAGUCUUACCCCUGUACUAAAACAGAGAGAAUGUUUAUGGAUGACCCUUGAUGAAAAUCGCGUAGAAAAUUGCAUUGUUGAUUACUGCUUCAUAACAAACAAGCGUAGACAUUUAGUGAGUCAUUCUACUUUAUUCCAUCAUAAUCCCAAGCCAAAAAAAUAGCGAGUCUUUGACUCCAGUGGAAAUGAUGGAAAAACAUAAACUGGGUGAGAUGUAGUUAUUAAAAUCUUUGAUUAAAUCUUUGAACUUGUAUGUAUUUGACUAGUAUGGUCUCCUUUUUAGUAACCAGUAUGUGUACCCGUGCGUCGCACGGUAAUUUUGUUUGUGUGUGUGGUAAUUUUGACUGGAUCGGUUGAAUUGAAUCAAUAUGGUUAAUUGCGGAAAA